AUGGACGCUGCCGGUCAAGGACCCCCGACCCAGCAGCAGCAGCAGCAGCAUGGGUACGCGCCCUACCCGCCGCAACAGCAAUAUUACGCUGGGCAGCAGCAGGAGCAGCCUCAAUAUCAACAUAAUCAGCAGUAUCAGCAAUAUCGAGAUUACUACCAGCAACAGCAGCACCACCAGCCGUACCAAGCGCCGCAGCAGCCGCAGUAUUACUAUCCCUCCCAACAGCAGCAGCAGGAGCAGCAGCCGCAGCCGCAGCAGCAGCCGCAGCCGCAGCAGCAGCCGCAGCCGUACGUCUCUGCUUCUACCGCUGCGCCGCAAGUCCCACCACCCGUCGCCGCUCCUUCGCAUCAGCAACACUUCCUCGCCGAGCUGGACGCCUCGUCGUCCACCACACCAGCCGUGAAGCCAAGGCCGACCCCGACAUCGACGUCAUCGCCGCCCACCACCGCCGCCGCGCAGACCCAGCAUGGGACCCCUGGCACCGGUCCCAUCUUUGAGAUGUCCGCCGAGGCAACGGCGCCCAAGCCCGACAACGCCUCCUCCAAACCGCAGACGGUAGCCGCCGCAAUAUCACCGGCGCCGGCGGCAGCGAACGCGGGUCUCACAGAGCAGGCAGGCCAGCAACCGCCGCCGCCACCGCCCAUCCAGGCGAACCCCUGGGGUUUCUUCCUCCCCAACGACGACGACGACGACGACGCCCCCGAGCGCCCCGCCUCCGCCUUCCCGGCCAAGGAGUCGCUCGCGGAUGACCAAACCCUCGCGGUGAAGCCCCUGAGGAUCGUAAAGACAGGUCCCGCCGAGGGGAAUCCCGAGGGCAGACCCCAAGGCGGCGGCGCCGUCACGGGAGAUGUUGCGCUGCAGCCUUGGCGGCCCGUAGCACCGGAGGCCGGCGCGGUUCCGGACGUGAGCGGUGGGUCGCGUCCGGUCGGCGGGUCCCCCGACACGCUGCAACUGGCCCCGGCGCCGUUGAACAUCAUGCGCCCACAGUCCCCCGCCGUCCAGCACCGCCCUCCGGGCCUGACGUCGCCCGUCUCCUCCACCUCUCCGUCGGCGCCCCAACUCCCGUACCCCGUCGACGGCGACGGCAUCCCGACGCCGGACUCUCACCCCGCGCCCCAGCCCGGGACCCAGUUCACGCUCCCCAUCCACCCGGCUGCCACCAGCUCCCCUCUUUAUCCGGCUUCCCCUACGGCCUUGGCCCCUUCGCCACUGACACCCUCGCCUACGGGCGCGGUGGCGCCGCAGCCGCAGCAUUACCAGCUUGCUCCCCAGCCGAUGUACACGCAAGCAUCACCCGUAAGCCCCAUCAUCGUCCAGGCCGGCCUGCCUCCGACUCUACCCAUAGCCUCCUACUUCCCUCAGCAACCAUCGUAUGCCCGCCCAGAAACGAAAUUGUCAGCACAGCCUUCGCCCUCGGCACACCACAGCCCGGCACCCUCAGUCUCGAGCAUCGCCACCACCCAGCCAGGCCCCCAGACCGGCCAACACUCCCCAGCCCAGUCGUACACGUCGCCCCCGCCGUCCUACAAUCAGGCCAUGACCCAGAUUCAACCGGCAACCACAUCGCCGACCUCCCUGCCGCAGUUCCCCCAGCCUCCGGCGCAGCCUCUCUCCCCGAACCCAACCGGCGUCCCUCUGCCCAUGAGCCCGCCCCCUUCGCAGUAUCCCUACUCCCCCUCCUGCGUCGGCGCAGACAAAUUCGGCUUCUACCCCCGCCAGCCACUUCCCUCCCCACAGCAGCAGCACCCCUUCAACCCGCACGCCUCGCCGCCGAUCCCUCAAGCGUCCUACACCAACGGCCCGCAGUCCUACCACCCAAUCGCUCCGCCCCUGCCGCCGCGGCCAUCCCCGCCGACGUCGGGCCAGUACGGACAACACUCGACACCCUCGCCCUAUGGGCCCCCGCCUCCGACGCGGCCAAACUACCAGGCCCCGCCGCCCAGGCCCGACUCGCGGUUCUUCAGCAGCGCCACGGCGCGGAAGCUGCUGAGCAAGACGACGGAGCUCGUCGACCAGACCAUCACGCCGUACCUCCAGGACCACCGGCCCAGGCCGCCGUACAACGCGUACCAAUACCAGUACCAGUACCCGAACCCGAACCAGCCGUCGUCGGUGCCGCAGGGGCAAUACCACCAGCAGGGUUACGCUCCCUCUCAACGUACGUAG